ACAUUGCUUGUAACAACUUUCGCGCGCGGAGCCUCUUCCAUGUGGAGGCUUUCUUCCGCGUGCAGACUCUCGCAGCAUCACGAAUCCAACGACCGCGCGGAAGCCCGAUCAGUUGGCAAAGGUGGCUCUGCUGGCUGUGCGAGCGGUGCAUUCGCGGUUAGACGAUCGGACCGAUCGGACGCGCCGACAACUUCCUUUCCAAAGCCAGUGCCAGGUGGGGUGGCGUGAUUUACCUGCGCCCGAGUUUCCAUCUUCCGUUCGUUCGGAGUAGCAACGCGUAGCCCUCCGCAGUAGGGGCCACUUUGUUUGUGCUCGGCACCAUUUCCACCGUCCGAUUGAGCAAUCCAGAAGUGGUGCGCAGAUUACGCGAUCGCUUUACAGCCUCACUUAGGCAGCAUAUUCCAGUGCCUUGUUUUACUGUUUCUUUUGUGCAUAAAGUGUGUGUUUUUAGCUUCCCUUGGCAAGUGAAAAACGAGCAGUGUUGGUACCAAAGAUAACAUAGUUGUCGAGGGGCGCCGGUUUGCAAUUGAGUCCGGCGUGCUCCCUCGAGUGGCGGGAGGAUCAGCUUGAUCUGCGUGCUCGAACGCGAUGAUGAGAUAAGUGCAAAAAUUAGUGUUGUUUGUGCAAAAGGGUAGCCAUGUGUGCGUGAGCAUGGUAUUACCGAAGGUGCAACAACUCGCAAGCUAUUGCCAAAACCGGGAAGUGAACCGCGAGUGAAAUGGAGAAAUUACCGAUCGAAAGCCUGCCUUAACCGCAACCGUUGACAAGUGCAAUAUUAGUGUCCCACCUUAGUAGGUGCAGUAGGGAAAAAGUGUAUGUAUGUGAGUGUUUAGAGGCUGUUUUAGUUACAGCUUGUUCACUUGAACAGCAAACAAUACAAAUAAGGGAACGAAGGGAAUUGUGAUACGAAAAAUAUUCCAAAAAACCACCGCAUGAGUUGAGUCUAACGUUAGAAAGCUGCCAAAAACCCGAACACAACCCGCCACAACAUGAAGUUCAUCAACAGGAUUACCGCCUUUCUGCUUCUGCUCCUAGCGGGCGUAACCAAACCAAAUCAAGCCUGCAAACUGUACUCGAAAAGUAAUCUGCGCACCAAAUCCGACGGCGUUCAGUUUCUGCGGCUGAAGGAAGACUUCCCCGUCGGCGGUGAGAUCGUUUCACUUUACGCGUAUCCGCGCAACUCGAUCCUGAUCCCGCGCACCGAGAACUCGAGCGAUUACGAGUACUUCAAGCUGAAAGAGAUCAACAGCACGGUCGUGAGCGUCAUUCUCAAUCGCAGCCUGGACGGGCUGGUCGAUUCUGACGAUCCGCAGAGCAUCCUCAAGUUCAGCGUGUUCUGCAGCGGAACAUCAGCCACCAGCGCAAAACAGGACAACCAGUCGUCAUUUUUUACAAUUACUGUUUACAUUGAAGAUAUUAACGAUAAUGAUCCCGAAUUUAUCAAUCUACCGUACGUGGUAACGCUCGACGAAUCAACGCCAAUUGAGACGGUGGUGUUUAAUAGAAUUAAGGCAAUUGAUCGUGAUAAGCCAAACACGCCGAAUUCCGACCUCGAGUAUGCGCUGGCCGCGAAGCACAUGAAGAGCGGCGACUUUCCGUUUCGCCUGGAAGGUUCCCAGCGGCCGUCGCUCGUACUGCAGCGGGCCCUCGACUACGAUGCCGGCUGGCGCUCGAUGAGCGUCCAGAUCGUGGCGAGCGAUCGGGGCAAUCCACCCCGCACCGCCAACGCCACCAUCCGGGUGAACCUGCGAGACGUUGACGACCUGCCGCCAAUCUUCACCCGAGCACAAUACCGGACGCGCAUCAAAGAAUCCUUUCCGCUGACGGGUAAACCAAUUCACAUCCCACUGUAUAUCGAGCCACCGAUCAUGGCGUUCGAUCAGGACUCGCUAAACGAAACGCUCGUCUAUGGGAUAGUUGCGGGCAACGAGCGCCAGCUGUUCUGGAUAUCACCGGAAACGGGUGUACUAUUUCUGCAGAAGGAGAUCGACCUGGAUAGCGAGAGCCUUCCGGACAACACGUUUACGCUGCAGAUCGAGGCACAGCAGAUCAAUGAUCCAACCAAAAGUGCUUUUGCUAGGGUGGACAUAGAAGUAAUCGACCUGAACGACAAUGUUCCUGAGUUUGAGGUAGAUCUGUACAACAUCUCCAUCAUCGAGAACCUUCCGAAAGGGUUUAGCAUUCUGCAGGUGAAUGCUAUCGAUCGGGAUCAGGGAGAGAAUGCGGAGUUUUACUACUACCUCAUGGACGAGGAACCCAAAGGGGCCUUCAUGAUUGAUCACGGUUCUGGCUGGAUAGUGGUUCGUGACGAAACCUUCCUGGACAAGGAGCAGCGCAGUUCGCUCAAGAUGAACGUGCAUGCCGUCGAGCGGGUUGAGCAGUACGAUCGCAGUCGCAACUAUGGUAAGGUGCAGGUGGAGAUCACACUGCUAGACACGAAUGACAAUACACCGGAGUUCGAGCAGGGUACGCUGUAUGAGUUUAAGACGCACUGCAAUGCCUCGAUCGGCUCGAAAGUGGGGCAAAUACGAGCGCUCGAUCCGGACGAUCUCGGCAACGGCAAAAUCCAAUACAGCAUAAAAAAUGUGCGCCCGAACCUUGUCAUUCCGUUCCUGCUCGAUCCGGAUACGGGUGACAUACGCGUGUCGGAAGCACUAACGUACGGCAAGAUAGCUUUCUUCGUCGAGGCUCGCGAUCAACCGCAGAAUCCCUCAGAGUCGCGGUUCAACGUGGCACUCGUUACGAUCGAUAUCGUUUGUCAAUCUAUUGAGGACAUCGAAUUUAUUGGCGCACCGUACGAGUUUUGGGUCGGUGCCGAUGCUGCCAUCGGCUCUUCCGUCGGACAGAUUCGGACCACAUUCGACAUGGUGUCGGACGAGGAGAUAUUCUUCGAUCUACUCCACUCAUACCCUGAGGGGGUACCGUUCGCGAUCGAAGAGCGGUCCGGCAUAGUGACCGUGAUUGAGUCGAUGGAGAAGUUCGAUCGACGAUGUUAUGAGUUUGAAACCGUAGUAUCGUACUUGCCCGAUUCUGCCGGCAAAAAUGUGGAACAGCUGACGCCCGAAGCCUACAACAGUCUGGAGAAGAUCAUCGUCACGAACGUUACGAUACAUGUGAUAAAACACAACUUUAUGUUGCUUCGGGGCACCAACGCAACACCGAUCGAGUUCCGCGUGAAGGAAAAUAAACCGAACACAAUGAUCGGACAGCUCAAAUUCCAGGACUUCCAGGAGCAAUGUGAUGCAGACGAAAAGGGACUGCCACCGCUGAUAUCGGUUCGAGGCGACAAGAACCGUGCCGAUAGGCAAGUGUUUCAGCUGAAUGGAGGAAAGAACCGAACACGCUACGCACGAAGAUUUUCACGCGACGUUUCUAGACAGUCCAACUUCAUCCGACUGUACCCGCUCGUGGCGUUUGAUGCCGUAUUCAGCUCGACUGGGAACGGCACACGAAAGGCGAGAAAUUCUCGCAAUCCAACGAGUGGAGUCCAGUACUCGCUUGUCAAUAGCUAUGAUGUAGCAGAUACAGUACGGCUCACAAACGAUGGCAAGCUUAUGACGAUCAAAGGGUUGGACCGAGAGAAGCAGGAUGUCAUACGAGUGACUAUUAUUGCCGAGUACUUUUACAAACAACGCACGUUUGCCGGUAUCUAUCAGGUGGUGAUCGUGGUAGAAGACGAGAACGACAAUCCGCCCACAUUCAAUCAGCCCUUUUUCUUGGGUGUGAUAGCGGAAAACUCCCCCAUCGGUACUGAGAUCGUGUUGAACAAUCCGAUCAUCAUCUCGGACAUGGAUGCGGCAGGUCCAAACAGUGAAUAUGAGCUGCUGCUGUCCGGAGAGUCAAACUCGUUUGUAGCUCAGUUCUCUAACUCGACGCUUUCAAACUAUAACAAAACGGUGGCACACAUAUUCCGCAAUCUGCAGAUAGCUAACAUCGAUCCGGGCGAAUCUCGACUGCGCCCAGACUAUCGUCCAAACAAACAGUUGGAGCCCGGGAAUGCCAGUACCCCGCACUAUAACAUAUUGUUCAUGGGCCCGAACAAACUCGAUCGGGAGGAGAUUGAAAGUCUGACACUGAAGAUGAUGGCUACCGAUCGGGAUAACCUGAUGUCAGAGGUUGAGCUCAAAAUACUUAUACUGGACGUGAAUGAUUGUGCACCGGUCUUUGAGCGCAUAGCUAUCUUCCGCAAGAGCCGCUGCGAGAUGAUCGAAAACACAAGCGAUCUGGAGCUUAUGUAUCUGGACGAGAUUGAGACGGAGGUGUUGCCCAAGUUCUUGGACGCGGGGCUCAUGGAGAUGAACAGCCGUGUUUCGUACGGUGUGGAUAGUUUGUUCGAGAUGGUCCAAUCGGCACCUUACGUCGGAAUGCCACGGCUGUACGAUAGCCAGUCGGUUAUGGUCAAUCGUACUGCCGAUCGCGAACAUCUCACAAUGCGUCGGAAACUCUACAAGCAGAAGGUUCGGCAACGUGGUCGCAAUACGCGUGCCGUUGCCAAGAAAUCGCAGCUUAAGUUUGCUCUGCCCGAAAACGUCGAGGUGGGAAAGGUAAUCUUCAAGCUGACGGCAAACGAUGAUGAUUUUGAGAAGAACUCCAAGGUCUUCUAUGAGGUCGUUGGCCAGACUGAGCUUAACAGUGGUGAGCGAGUUAGCUACUUUAGGAUCGAUCGGAACAAUGGAGAGUUACGCGUGGCGAACCGUUUGCCCCCGGAAACUGAUGUUAAGCUAAACAUCACAGCCAAGGACGUUGGUGGCCUAUCGGACAUGCUUCAGGUACAGUUCCGGGUGUAUGAUGUCAACGAUAAUGCGCCCGUGUUCGAGAAACAGUGGUACACGUUUAACGUCGACGAAGGAUCGUACCCAAUUACGGGCAAAAAGAUCGGCCAGGUACGGGCCAACGAUGAGGAUACCGGAAUGAACGGUAAUGUGACGUACAUGCUGAUAACCGAUGGUGACCAGAAGAUACCAUUCUCGAUCUCUCCACUGGACGGUACGAUUCGAGUUAGCGGAGAGAUCGAUCGCGAAAUGAUCGCAUCGUAUCGGUUUCGAGUACUCGCAUCCGAUAACAAUUUCGAUCUCAAGCUUUCGGCCAUGGUAGACGUAGAGGUGAUCGUGAUGGAUCGCAAUGAUAAUAACCCGGAGUUCACCGCCUACGAUGAUCUGAGAAGCGAUCGUAACAACAUCAAACGACUGCCCGUCUAUGUGGCGUAUCUGGAUGUAAAUGCUAAGGUGGGAACGUUCGUCAAACAGGUCAUGGCAAGGGACAGCGACUUCCGAGAGAAUGGAAACGGACUGGUGAUCUACUCGCUUACCGGCCAGAGCGAUGUUCUGCAGUUCAGUAUCGAUCCAAAGGAUGGUGUCGUUACGACAGCUUCCAAAUUUACACCGAGCGAGGCUGGAACGAGAAAAACCUACGAACAUUUGAACGUUACCGUCGUGGCAUCGGAUUUUGGAACACCACCGCGCUCAAGCAUGGCGUUGCUCAUUGUGAAUCUACAGGGCGACACACUUCAACAGCAUCCGGUGGAAGAAAGGCCACCCCUAUUUCCGUACAAGUACUACGAGAUCGAGCUGCGUGAAAACGACCCCGCACCGCGAAUCGUGCUCAACGUAACGCUCUCCAAGCGUUAUGCCAACGAUCCAUUCCGAUGGGAAAUUGUGGGCGACACGUUCGACGAUCAGUUUCGGAUUGAUGAACGAAAUGGUUCCCUUUGGCUGCUACGACCACUGGAUCGGGAGGAGCGUGACUCGUACGACGUUCGAAUUCGGGUGCAGAAGAUCAAACGAGAAACACGCAAUAUUCCCAGCGUCCUGUACGCGCUGGAGAAUCCUGUUAAGCGGAAGAGCCACCGGUUGUUUGACAACGAAGUGGAGAUAAUGAUCAAGGUGGUGGAUGUGAAUGACAAUGCUCCCGUGUUUCGCGAUAAUUAUGGACCAAUCAUCUCUGUUGUGCCAGAUACAGCUAAUUACGGUUACGCGGUCAUGAAGGUGGAGGCUACGGAUGACGAUGCCGGCAGCAACGGUGAGGUGCGUUACUCACUCCUCAACGAACCAGCGCGUCUAUUUGCGAUAGACUCGCUCACAGGACAGAUACGGCUGCUUAACUCGCUGGCAUCGUUCAAGGAGAAGGUGUUUGGAUUCGAUGUGAAGGCAACGGACCGAGAAGGCGCAGACGAUGGCAAGUCCACCAUAGCCAACGUGUUCGUUUACGUGCUGCAUGCACACCAGGAAGUGUGCCUGAUCCUGGCAGGGCUCCCGGUCGACAUCGAGAAGCAGCUGGGCAUGAUUUCGUCCAGCUUGAGCACCGCCACCGGUUACGAUAUUCGAAUACGAGCACUUGAAACAAACACAAAAGUGGAUGAUGCUACAAACCUAUACUUAUACGCGAUCGAUCGGAAAACCAACGGGCUGGUAGAGAUGACCGAACUGCAAAGGUCACUUUCACGGCUAGACAUGUCAAACCUGAAACCGAACCUGCCCAUCAUCGAGCUCACCGAGCUGGCGGUAAAUUCGAUCGAACCGCACUCCUUCGAUGCAGCCGGCAUGAAAGGCAUCGAGCUGGCCACAGUGGUUAUUGGAGGGCUGAUUUUUGCCGGAGGAACUGCCACGGCUCUCUGUAUUGCGUGCGCCCGUUAUAGGCGAUACACACGCUAUUGAAAUGUAUCACCUACAGUGCCAUUGAAGCAUUGUGAUCACACUCUCCCAUCAUCGCCAUCGCCCCUCGGUAUUACAUUUAACCGGUGUAAGAAUACUAACAUAAAUCAUCCUCGUAAUCAUGGUCAGAACUCUUAACCUGUGCCGCAGAAGCAGACAAGCUAAUUUGGUUCCUCUCUCACUUAUUCACUCACGGACGAAGCUGUAUUUCUUGUUAUUGCUGUUGUCCAUCCGAACAUUCUCCCUCCAGUAUGAUUACACUAUCGCUUGCCCACCCAUGAAAGGUGUGCAAUCAAAUUCCUAUUUUCUCGUUUUGUAAAUACUGCCAUGUUUUUUUUUUUUCAAAUUGCUCGCGAUAAUCGCCUUCGGUCUGAGACUAAUGAUUCCCCUCCACGUUUUCCGUUUAAAAUCUGUUCGCUUUCGAUCCUACCCAUCCACGCAUCCCUCAAACAGCCUAAUACCGCUGCCGAAUGGUGUUGGAUCUGGUGGUGGAGCUGGCGGAGCAGGAGUAGGAGGAGGUAGCAGCAAUACGUCCGCCGAGGACGUCCGUGUGCGCGGCACAGUGUCACGGCUCGGGCUCGGCAGCAAUAACAACACCACGGGCAG